GCUUCCUAAUUUGUUUUUGACUUGAACAUGAGUAUUAAUUAUUGCUUUUUUUGGUACGAAAACCACUUGUAUUAUUAGUAAAAACUAGUAAAUUAUCAUUUUAUUCGCACAUAUAGAGAAUUAAGUUUCACAAUCAAAUAAAUAUGCGAUAUUUUUAAUUACCCAAAAGAAAGAUAUAUUCUUCUUCAAUUUAAGGGAAUAUUUUUUUUUUUGGUCAUUAGGCCUAUUCUUCUUCAAUUUGAGGGAAUAUAUUUUUUUUGGUCAUUAGGCCUCAUUAGUCAAGUGAUCAUAUUAAAUGAAUUGCAUCAUCUAAUAGACACAAAGAAACACAACCGGAUUGACACAAAAGAAACACCCAAUAUUUACACUUUGGAUCGAUGACAUGGACUCGUCAUCUACAUGAGACAAAAGAAACACACAAGUAAUUACAGCCACAGGAUUGAGCGGGACCUGGAUUGCAAGUCUAUCUUGACUGGUAUUUCUUGCUGUACGAGAGUCCCCUUUUACCAUUUUUCCCGGCGGCACCAAUUUCUGGUGUUUUCCAUCUUCAAUUCCGGCACCGAUUCCUCUUUUUUGGUUUUCCUUUUUCGUUCCCCCUGUUUGGUUUGAUUUGAGUUCGAUUCGACCCUAAAAGAAAAGAGAGAAAUAGCCGGAAAUCAUGGUGUUGGUGCUUUCGGAUGACAUUAUUGAAGGAGAGAUACUCCCACGGCUAGCAGUCAAAACAUUGAAGAGAUUCCGGUGUGUCUCCAAGAUGUGGAGAAACAUUAUAUCCGAUUCUAAGUUCACCCUGUUGUCUGCUCCUAAACGGCAACGCCUUCUGUUGAUUUAUCCUCGCUCCUCAGAUUCAACGCCUGGCGUGAAAUCGCAGUACUUCUACUCAAUCGACGGAGACCUCAAGAUUGAGAAGCUCCCAGAUCCUCAUCUCAUUAUUGAUGAUGAUGAUGACUAUCGGUACGGGCUGUGUUUUGGGUCUUGUGAUGGGCUGGUUAGUUUUUGUGCUGAAUUUGGAUCUGGCGUUGAAAAACUGGUUUUAUGGAACCCAUCCACGGGCUGUUGUAGAACCUUGGAUAAUCUGUACCAAAUGGUGGUUGCAUCCCGCUAUGGAUUUAGUCUAACUGGAAUGUGCUUCGAUAGUCCAUCCAAGGAUUACUUGUUGGUGGUGGUGGCAUUUCCCGAUGAAGAAGAUGAAGUAUAUGUUUAUGUUGAGAGUUUAAAGAAAAAAGAACAUCAAAUAGGGGAGAUGCCUGAAGUGGUAGCAUCAGACAUCUCUUUUCCUUAUGACUUCCCCCAGGGCAGUGGUUCUGGCGUUUCAAUUGGGGUUUUACUGAAUGGUCAUUUGCACUGGAUUGUGGAGAGGAAGGGCGAUCAAUCCAGAUUGAUCGUUUAUUUUGAACACGAGGUGAGCCGCUUUGGUGAAUUAUCCCUGCCUCAGCUUGAAGAAUCUGAUGAUGAUGAUGAUGAUGAUGGUGUCCCUGGUAACUUCUUUGGACUUUGCGUUUUGCACGAUUGUCUUUGUGUGGUUAAUGGUGUUGAGGACUUGAUGGAUGAUUAUCAUUGUGAUGUUUUCAUGAUGAGAGAUUAUGGGAAUCAAGAGUCUUGGGGUAUUUUGUUUUCUGUUAGAGGGCUAAUUAUGCCUCUCAACAUUGGUGUCCCUGAUAAGGUGCUGGUUUUCUCUUCGAAGUUCGGAAAAUUGUACACUUACGACUUAGAAACCGAUGUAAUGAUGGAAAUUGAUUGCCCGCCUUCUGGUUUGCUGCCUAAGUUUGUUGGUGGUGGCAAAGAAAUUCCAUUAUGUAUGGAAAUGAGGAGAGAUCCUCUUCUGUACCUUGAGAGUUUGGCAUCAGUUCACUCUCAACACUGGAUUUGAUUAAACAGAGUGUUUGUGCCUACCUGUUUUGGGGGUUAUGGGAUCAUUGCAAAGGCAUGUUUGCGGAAGUGGUGGUAGUACUAGUAGAAGACAAUCUGCUGUUAAGAUUUGGAACCUAACUUUCAUAUCCUUGUGGGUAGUAAGUAUUAGUAGUAAUAGUAGUAGUAGAAGACAAGUAGAAUUGGAACUUGAAACUUUGACAUCCUUCUUGUCUGUUCUGGUUUCUGAUCAUGGUUCAUGCCAAGUAGAGUGCUUUUCAAGUUUUUCUUAGUCAAUUCUGCUCGUCAUGUCAUGUGUAUUGUUUCUUCAUUACUCCAGAACAUCAAGGCUUCGUGAGUAAAACAAAGGAAAGAACCGCAGCUUCAACAGCCGAAUAAAUUCGGGAAGAAAUCAACCUAAACUAAGGAACGUAAAAAGAUAGUAUUUUUCCGUGAUAUGAUGGAGGCCUAACUUUAAAGUGCGGGUUAUAUGGGAUGAAGGACAGAAUCAGUUCUUCCCUUUUUGAUAUUGAUGCUAUUUUGAGUAGAAAAUUAGUAGAAUGUCAUAUUGCCUUCAACAAAUAAAGUACUCUACAUAUAUCGGAAUGAAGAAGUCCAUUGAUGCUUUCAGUGUACUCAGUUAGUAGUUCGGGGUUUCCAGAGUAAUUAAAGUCUGAAAUAGACCCAGAAAUUCUACCAACAUGGAUUUAAUUAGAACUUCUCUGCAAUAUUCUAUAGGUGAAUUAUCCUGCCUCAGCUUGAAGAAUUUAUGAGCGAAGAUCCAAAGCAAUCAAAGCAGAAAGAACAUAACUGAUAGGCUGAUAGCUGCUUCAUCUUUGGGCCAUAACAACCAAUAUUUGGCUAGGUAAACAUGACGAUGAUCCCAGAACCCAUGAAAGCCUCAUCUUGUGUGCAUUAGCAUCAAACAGCUACACCUUACCACUGAUGCUAUCUUUCAAGAGGUUCUCCAUGGUGGUAGGCAACAGCUUGCAUAAAGAAAUGCUGUUGACAACCAUUCUGGAUUCCAAGUUCUGACACUAAUGUUGGUGAUAGGAUGUACAAAAUGAAACUUUGCAAAAAGGGAUGAUUAAUUGUUACUAUAAAUUUUGAAAGCAUAAAAAGAAUCAAAGGAUUAUUGACUUAUGCAAUGCCUCCUCAUUCAGUUAGCAGGCAAGAAAACAGAGAAAGAUGAAGGAGUGGGGAGGAAAGCUAAAGCAUCAGAAAUCAGUUAAAAAUCACAAACUAUGGAUUACGUUUGUGCUUGCAGACUUUAUCACCUCAUCCAUUCAAUUAAAUUGUAGGGUAAACUAUUCACAUCACCAUGGAAAGAAAAGAAACCAGGAUAUUAAUGUGUGUGCUUGCAAAGACAGAAAAUAUUAAUGAACCAUACCAGUAAGGAUGACUGCCUGAUUGGUGCGUUCCCCAGAGCAUUAUCGUCUUUGUAAAGUAUUAAUGUAAUGAACCAUUAUCACAAUUGCAAAGUCUCAGGAACAUCAAACAUACAGGUCAAAUCAACUUAAUCCGUGCAAGUUUUGAAGAACAAAUCUUCAUGCAUUUUUAAUGUCAGCUCCAUUGGUUGCAAAUCCAAGGCUUUCCAUGCAGCAUUAAGACCCAUCGAGGAGUGCUCAGUCUUGCAAAUGAACCAUGGUCAAAGAUUUUCUCAUUUUCACGAUCUGCUAAGAAAGUCCAUAAUCAGGUAGCAAAAAAU